UCCUCGCCCGCCACGUGGUUCCGGCGGGGUCAGCUGCGCUUAAUUUUUUUGUGUGUGUGGGGACCCCUUUACAACAACAGAACAAUUUGAUUUUUUGUACGCAACGUUUCUUGUGUUCUUCUCCUUUAAAAAAAACAACACCACCUUUGCACCGCUAUCAAAUCGCACGUUUAGUCGUGUAAACACACAAAAAUGGACGGCCUACUGGCCGACGGCAAGACGCUGGCUGCUGCGGGAGUUGCCGGUGCCGGCGUGGGCAUUGCCGCCGGGAUGCUGUACAGAUUUGCGAAACGCAAACCCAAGAACGUGCUUGUCAACUGUUGGUUUUGCAACGAGAAUACGACGGUUCCGUACGGGAAUCAGAAUUGCUGGGACUGCCCCCACUGCGAGCAGUACAACGGAUUUAGAGAGGACGGUGACUACAACAAGCCGAUACCCGCGCAGCACUCGGAGUACCUGAACCACGGCACGCCCACCGGCGGGGCCUGGGAGGCCACGCGCUCCUCCGGCGGGGCGGGCGCCGGCAGCAGUGGCUCCGUGGUGCAGCAGUGGGUGAGCAGCCGCCACCUGCUGUGCAGGCGUUGCGCUACCAACCAACAGCUCAAGAUCCGCCAGAUCGCCAACUUCACCCCGCGCAGCGAGGACUCUUACGAUGACGAGGUGGAGCUGUACCGCCACCACCUGGAGCAGACGUACCGCCUGUGCCGCCCGUGCCAGACGGCCGUCGAGUGCUACAUCCGGCACCAGGACCGGCAGAUCCGCACGCGCAUGCUGGACCUGCAUGCGCGGCAGGCGCCGCUGGGUCGCUACGCCGACAAGAUUAUCCCCCAGCAGUUCUCCGCCCGGCUGCCCAAGAAGGUGGUGCUGCUGCGCGUGCUGGCCUUCGCCUGCUGCGCCGCGCUGGUCGCUACGGCGGUGCUGAGCGGCGGCACCGGCGGCAGCCAGGACGCCGCGGCUGGCGUGCGGAGGUCCCCGAGCGUUCCGCCCGGGCCGCCCGUCGCCACGAAUCAGGUGGGGGGGCUUCCCCCGCGCAACGGCACGGGUCCGCGCGGCGAGCAGGCUCCGGGCGGUGGCACCGGGACAGGCGCCGGCGCUGGUACUGGCGCUGGCACCGCGACUGGCACCGCGACCGCCUCCCUCCUUGAGACUGUGCUGCUGUACAUCCCGGUGCCGGAGGGCGCCACCGAAUUCCUGCACCACGCCUGGGGCCUCGGUGAGGAUCACCGUCUGGGCCUUGCCUGCUGCGGCCUCUCUGCCUGCCUGCUCAGCGUGCUGCUCGCUGGCCGCCUCCGGGUGCGUCGGAUCGACGCCUGGGCCUCCCUGCUCUGGCUCCUCCUGCUGCUCAUCCACAUCGCCGAACGAUACGCGCCGCUGACCGCCGCCGCCACCGCCGCCGCCGCCAGCAACGCUCCCUCCGAUUGGCUGUCCCGCCUGCGCCUGCCCGCCACCUGCCUGUGCGCCGCCGUGGGAUUGGCCGCCGCCGUGGCGACCAGGCGGCCAGCAGCGUCCUCGCGUGGGCCCAAGCCGCGAAGGCCGUUUGGCGGCUCGCAGGGCCCGUCGCCUCUCGUCGGCGUCCCCCGCUACCUGCUCAGCGUCGCGGGGGGCUACGCCGGCGGCGGGGGGCUCCUCACCCUCUCGCCGACUCCGCCGCCCCCCUUCCUGUUGGCUGCCGCGCGGCACGACCCCCGCCCGGCGGGGAGGCGCCCCGUGGGCUCGCGGCUCUCUCCCUCCUCGCUGCCCACGCACCUCCACCGCGUGCUCUCGCUGGGCACCGCACCUGCCGUCUACCACGCAGAGCCGUGCUACCUGCUGGAGAGCCCUCGUCCCAUCGCCUCUCCGCCCUUGUACAAGGCCAACCCGUUCUCAGACACGCUCUCGGUGGCCUCCCGGAGCCGCCCCGUGUCCCCGUCGUGCUUGUCCACGUCCGGCUCGCUCUUCUCCGACUUCCUGACGGCGCCGCGGACCCCCCCGCCGCCACCGUACACGCCGUGCCGCCCCCUCUCGCCGUCCCCGCUCCGCCCGCGGCGCCCGCUCAUCAGCCCCGCUCGCCUCGUCCUGGGCUCCUCAUCCUCCUUCGCCGGCGCCGCCACCGGCACCGCCGCCGGCGCCUCCACCGCCUCGUCGUCGUCGUCGACGUCGUCGCCGCCGACGCCGCCCGGCUCCGUGGUCGCCCCCGGCGACUGUUGCCAGGACGCGGCCUCCGCCCCCCGCAGCGUCGGCGGCAGGAGGACGGGGCCGCCGAGCCGGGCCUCCAUGCCGUGCGGUGGCCAGUCCGUCUACGGCAGCAGCGACGUGUGCAGCGACAAGUCGGGCCUCGUGCGGGACAGCUCGAGCGGCUCCUCGCAGUGCCCCGUCGACACCACGACGCACUCGGUGCGGAGGGAGGACGCGUCCUGCCCCUCGCGCGCCCACGGAGGUUCUCCGUGCGGGGUGCUUCAGAGCGCCCUUCUGGGCCUGAGCCUGCUCAUGAACCUGCUCUUCGGGCUGCUCUACCUGCACCACGGCUUGCCCUGGCUUCCCACGGCCUCUGCACGUGGCGGUCAUGAGUCGACGGGUGCCUGACCACCGCCACCACCGUCACCACCACCACGACGACAACAACAACAACAACAACAGCGACGACGACAGCUUACGUCCGUAACGCGAGCAUCGCGUAGCAAACGUCUCGGAGUGCUGAACCACCACGACCGCCGCCACUGUCACUGCCAACACCACCAAAAACGAAGCUAUUUUUUUGGUAUUUUUUACCAGGCAAGGCCCACUGAGCUAUGUUUAGCUUUAUUUUUGGAAGCGACCUGGCCACAAAUGAUAGCUCAACGAAAGUGGCUUAUCACGCUGAAAUGUAUAGCAGCCAAUUAAUCUAACCGCAUGUUUCUGAAUGUGGACCACGGGGAGAACGUGCACACUCCAAAUAUACAGGCAUCGUUAGGCUCAGGAUUGAACCCACGACCUCCUGCAUGCCAGGCGAGGUAGUUAACAUCUCACCACCACGGCUCUCCAACCACCACGGCCACCUUACUCCCUCCAGAUUGGAAAUUAAUCUCAAUCGCACCGAUAGGAAUAAAAAACGGCUGUUCCGUAUUUUUUUUUACGUGAUCAGAGCUGCGAUGUGAUGUACAAACAUUUAUAUUUGGAGUUGCUAAUUUUCGGGAAAAUUACGUCAACAAAUCGGCGUCGUGGGUUCAUUGCUGCAUGUGACGGGGGUUGUUCUGAAGAACUCUAUUGAGUCAACGCAGCGGUUCGCAAGCCUUUACGGCGGAUUGGGGGUGGGGGGGGAGGUCGGUGGAUGGGGGCACAGGCUGAGGCAUGGAUACCGUGCAGGAGAAAUGUGGACUGUGCGCGGGGAAUGUCGGCGCCACGUUGCGGUGACAAAACGCACGAACACACGAUGUGAAACAAGUGUGGAGGGGGAGGUGGAUGGGUUAGGGGGGGCACGGAGGACCUGUGGUCUUGAUUGGGGGGGGGGGAGCACCAUACCAAACCGGUAGAGAACCACAGAGUUAUCGGUUGUUUAGCUGCCGCCUGCUUCGUGUUAUGUGGGCAGUGUCUACUCAUCUAGCCCUGUCUCUUAGGCAGGGUUCUAGCUAUGACGCGAUUCUCUUAUUGUUGUCUUACUGGCCACAUGAUAACUCGAGCGAGAGCUGGCUGGCAGGCCCACGGGACAUUGUUCUCCAGCCGGGACGAUGAGUCGUGGAAGUCGAUGAAUGGACUCGAAAUUUGUAAUCGACUUCUUCGAUUACGCGGAACCCCUUUAAAAAAAAUGGCGGCCUCCCCCCCCCCACCUCCUGCCCUCUGAAGGUGGGAAACCCCCUACAAGCCACGCCCGGCGCGACGCGCUGUGCCGGUGCCGAUUAUGUCACCGAUGCCCCCCCCAUUACCUCUUGUCCAGCGGCACUCGUUGGAACAGAGGGAGGAGAGACUUUUUAUUUCCUCCCCCCCCCCCCCAUAUUAUUUUCGAAUUAUCCGUUCAGUCGAGUAGUCGAACCGAAAAUCGGUAGCUUCAUCGAUUACUUAAAUAAUCGGAUAACCCAGCGAGGGGGGGGGGGUACAUCAAGUGUCACAAGGCCCUGCUGCGUAUCUCUUCGCGUCUCGGCGGGCCGCUUUGAGGGCCUUUGUGGGCCCCUUUGAGGGCCUUGUGGGCCCCGUGUGGCUGAUGCUGUCCGCGAGUUGAAGUGUCCGGGCCUAUGCUCUGACUUCACAGCUGGGGUGAGUGGCUACACAGCGUUGGAUUUUGCCAACUUGAAGCAUCUCGAACAACUGUUAAAGAGUUAAUGAUGUAGCGCGCACACUUGCCUGUUUUCCCGAACACACUGUAACUUGCUACUUCAUUUGAUCCUUUUCAAACCUUGAAGUUAGGCAGGCCUCAAGUGGUAAAAAUAUCAUUUUGGUGCUACUUUUUUGGUCUCCAGAGGCUGUUAAAUAAAAUAAAUAGUUGCUUCUGUAAUACGAGGGAUGCUCCGAAAGUAAUGCCUCAUAGUUUGUUUUCAAUUGAACUGAUGUAAAAUUUUGUAGAUUUUCAUUAAUGGCAAUGUGUAGAAAAGUGUGAAAAUACGUUUUUCAACACAGCCUCCCGUUAAUUUUCCACGCACUCAGGACAACGGCCGGCAUUCCAUCGCCACGAUUUGUCAGAUUUCUCGCAAGUCGGUCCACCCGAACUGUGCAUUGGCCUCUGAUUUUUCUCAGUGCUCGCGUGUUUCUUGUAUGUGUAGUCUUUGCAUCGGCAUGUUGCACGAGGAGGAUGAGGCAUCUGCCGUCUAAAUGUUCCGGACGUGUUCACUUAGUGCGGGCUUUAAAUUGGGUGUCAGCGCAGUGGUAACACCUGUAUCUCGCAGAACGAAGGGCCUGGGUUCGAAUCCCAACCCAGUGCGCCUUUCUGUGCGGGGUUUGUUUGUUUCCUCCCUGCUCUGCAUGGGUUUCAUCUGGGUUCGCUGGUUUCCUCCCAUAGUUAAUGCCGACAAAUGACGUGCAAAUGACUCGAUUUGUAUCACACGCAGCAUUAGAAACAUCGACCCACUUUGUGCGAAAACCUGGCAGGACCCUCCUGAAAAUGAGUAUUGAGGCUUGGUGAGGCAUUCCUGUGUAAACAAGCGUUUAAAAAAAAAUAACAGAUUAACGCGGUUGUUUGUAAAACAAAACGUGUGUGGUACAUUAUAUCUAGAAAUGAACAAACAAAAAUUGAAAAAACGUAAGUUAUUUUGGGACAUCCCUCAUAAAUGUCGUAAUACUUCAUCAAUCGCUGUAUUUUAAUGCGUGAUCUGUCAUCACAUCUCGUAUUCAGGUGAUCGUUAUUUUGACACUAACAGCCCAAAGGGGAGGGCAUUUGUGCACUGAUGUAGAGCAUGGUAUUAAUCUCGUUAUCCGCGUCAAGUACAUCUUGCGAACAAAUGCUUUUUGUAAAUUGUGUAUGCUGGAAAGACACAGCAUCUUGUCAAGCUUGGUUUUGCGAAUCGGCGAAAGUAAAACACUGAAGUAGUUGGUAAGAAACGGCACACGUGGAACGAGUUCGGACCCCUUGUACAGCUACUGUACGCUGAUGCCUGCUGAGUGCACAGUUAACGUUUAAAUCUUGAUCGUUUAACUUAAGCAAUCGUUAAAAACGAUCCUUUUUUUUACAUGUCUGUUGUUGUUGCUGUUUGGUUAGUCGGUGAACAGAUGGUGCUUUCCCGACGGUGCUUAGUGGACACGGUUUUGCACGUCUGCUGAACGACGAUCAUUGCCACCACCAACGCAGUGUUGGUGUAGCAGCCUUAAAACAUAAAACGAAAACAGACGAAAUAACCUUUCAAUGAGCCCUGGGCCCGAAAUUACGUUUCGGUACCGCUCAAGAGUGGCUAAUGCAAACAAUAAUUUUUUAGAAGCAGUUUAUCACGAGCUCGCAAAUACAUAGGGUAGCAAGAUCAUGGAGGUAGCUCUCUUUUUUACGGAAUAAGGUCAUUAUAAAGUAGGGUUACGUGGCGUGAUUGAAAGAGAAUAUAAUUUCAGAAUGAAAAAAACAGUCAUAUGAGACGCAGAAAUAUCAAGCGUGUCUAUGAAACAGACGACAUCCCGUGCGUCUCUAGUAGUGGUGGACCCUGCCCAUGCUGGACACACACAAGACAAAGAUCCGCAUAUAGCCUAAACAGACUUUUGGGGCAAAUGCUGUUAGCGAGCACCUAUGAAGGCCGGCACGGCGCACGAGGUGGUGGGUGGCCGCCAGCACCAAGCCUGUCUGCCUGUCUCCCCAGUGGUGAUAUUUACACAUCACAACAUCUAUUCAUUUGAGGCUUAGUCGACCUAGGGGAGUCCCAUGACCGAUUGACAUAAUUGUGACUGGUGUUGGCCGUGAGUGGGAAUCGUAGUCGGGCCACGGGUUCGUAGCGCAAACGCGCUAACCGCUGCACUCCCGCUUCCCCUAAGGGCAACACACACACACACGUGCACACACACACGCACGUGCACACACACAGCCUCUCUAAAUAGGUGUCAGUGUCACCACAAAAACAACGCCCUCCUUUGAAGUGAGAAAGAGAUAACGGGCCGACUUAAAAUCUCAUCUGCCAACUGUGACCCCUAGGCCCCGAUAGAGCAUUGAAGCAGUGCUGCUGCUGCUGCUGUUUGCGCUGCAGCGCAGGUCGGCUGCUGUGUUUACAAAAUCUGGCCACUGUCUCAACAUUCAGGCGGUGCGGCGUCGCUUUUAUUUUAACGGGUGGAGGCCGUGCGCGGGUGUUUCUCGUGACCAAUCGGUGCUCGUUUUCUCAAUAUCUGCUCUGCGGUUUAGAUCAAAAUGUCCUUGGUUUGACCGGCGCAAGCACUCGCUUGACCGCUGUAUUGGUGCCUCCGGAUGAUUCAUUUUCGUCCAUGGGCCAGAGCAGAAAUCGGUACCGCCUAAGGUGGCUCAAUUGCAGUCGCACCGAUACACUCAUUUAACGCGUAAUUCGCUGUUAUCAGCUACAUCCAAAACAUUGGAACCAAUAAGGCCACGCCACCUCGGGUGCUACUUGACAAUUGCAAAAUCUUCCGUGGGUUCAACGACCCUUUGUGGUGGACAUUACAAUUUUGUCCCCCGAUUCAAAACGUUCUGUUCCUCAUGGCCCCGCUGUGAGGGCGGGACUCGUGGUUGAGCGGGUGGGGUUUGUGGUUGAGUUGGCGGUGCUGCGUAAACGUGUGUGGGUGGAUGGGGGUGCAGGAGGGAGCGGCUGCAAAAACACUCCAAACACGUGACGUCGAGUCUAAACGUGGAGGUGAAAUUAACGGGAGGACCGCGGAGAAAAAUCCACGCGACCACGGGGAGAGAGAACGCGCAAACUCCAAACAUACGGGCAGGCAUCGUCAGGGUCGGGAUCGAACCCGCGACCUCCUGUAUACCAGGCGAGGUAGUGAACAUCUCGUCACCGCGGCGACCGGCUAUAGACCCGAGCACGCACGAGGCUGCGCCUGACGAUCGCCGCGAUAUGACGAGGGGGACCCAUCGCGUGCCACGUCGAAUUAACCCGAGUGGCCGAGUUGGUCUCGCGUGAAGUCUUAACCCGACCGCUCACGACGACUUUAUUCAGAGUCAUAAUAUUUACACUGGAGGAAUCCGAGGAGCUAUAAAGCUCUUUUUCACAGAUGUCCAGUAGGGGCGGGUCAGACCCCCCCCCCACCCCCAGCCCCCACCCCCGAUCUGAUUGACGUUGAGCUUAUUGCAUCGUUGUUGCUUCGAUUUCCUCGUGUGUAGAAUCGCGUGGAAAUGUUUUUUUUCGUGAGGAUACUUGUCCAUUUGUUUCCGAAGUUUCAAGCGACUAUUAAGCUGGAGCGUUUAUUGAGCAAUUGAGCUGUGCGUGAGUGUGUGAUUGUAUUUUGGGUACGUUCAUAGAAUGUGCAAAAGCUAUUGUGAUAAUACUGUACGUAAGUCACGUCGUUUCGAAUGCGAGGUUUGUUGUCGCGGUUGUGCUGUACGUGUUUGCGGUGUGCGCCCAGGUUUGUGAUGGUUGACCGGGUGCUGUGGCUGAAGCCUGAACACAAACGUGACGACACGUCGCCGGCUCGGACGGCUGAACGAGCACGAUUUAAAUUGCGGCGACGUAAACUUGAAAAAAAUACACGACGCUUCUAAAGCCCUCUCCUCGGAUCAUUUUGGCAGCCGUUUAAAAAAAGUUGAACGAACGGAAAAAUAUUAAGAGGUGGCAGCGUUCAAGGAACUCUCCGAUUGUUCUCAGCCGCCGUGACAGGAGCUCGUGUUGAACCGGUGACCUCUGGGGUGGCGUUUCGACAGUGCUGUGACCAUUGCAUCGCGACAGCAGACCCCCUCCCCCCCCCAUCUGGCUAAUCUUCGCAAAAUCAGGCGGUCUGCCCUUGAGCGUGCGACUUACUGGGGCCUCCUUUACACGAGAUGAGCGCCUAUCGAUGCAUCGUCAUCAUCAUCGCCCAGCCAUAAUUUUUCCAUUCAUCAUCAUUAUUAUUAUUGGCUGUAAUGUAGAGCGGUAUAAUUGUCACCUGAAAUGUUCACCCCUAAAUGUGAAUCUAAUCGUCGCGAUUCAGGCUUGCACCCCCGAUUUCUCUCAAGCUAACGGGAGCGAACGCAAUUUUUCAAACGAACGAGAGAGCAAAAAAAAAACGUGUCAAAACCGAGGCGUGAAAUCGAGAGAAUGCCUUGAAACCUCAACAGGUUGUGGUAAAUUGUUACAGUCCCAUCAUUGUUGUCAUGUGUACGCAAAUCCACGUAUAAAUAUUGAUGACCAGUGUGUGUGUGCGCAAAUUGCCAAACUCGUUGGUGCAAUUAGCAAAAUCGCUCGAGUCCCUUUUUCAGUAAACAUUGCGAUGUAAAAUAGCCGAACAUAUUAUUGUAUAUAUUUCCGUUGAAGGUGUGGCAGGUUUGUUGUAAAGUGUGUGAUUGUGUGGAGCUGUGCGCUCGCUGCGGUGUGUGCAGACAUUUCAUUUGUGCUGUUAUCUUUUUCACUCUUCUUAUUCCAGACAUCCGUAGUUAAGGUGGUCUCCUGUUCACGGCAGUCCACGAUCACGACGUUUGUAUAAUGUAUGGAUGCGUUUACGACGCCAGGAGCUUGAUUUGCGACGAAUCAAUAAACGCGACUCCGGAACGCGUUUGAACAGGGUCGGUCUCAUUUCCGACAUCACGUGACGUGGAGCCCUUGUUAUUCUCCAGUAUUUUUUUGCGUGUGGAUUUUUACCGAUGGAAACCCCGUUAAAUACGUCUGAUAAAAGGGGAAAAAACAACACAUCGGCAAGUGAUGUAUCCACUGUUUCUACCAUCUCGGAAAAUACGAUCCGAUUUUCCACCACGGGGUUUCCAGGAACGCAUUGUAACGUCGUGCGAACGGGGAUCACCUGUACAGGCUGUAGAUCAGUGUUUUACCUGUGUAGUAAGUAUAUAUGGAGGCUUGACGACAGGAUCGGAGGCACACUUAUUUAUUACACCAACACUGUUAUUACAGGUCACCGGGCUACAGGGAUUUCUCGACAGCUAACCCCUCUAGCCUAUACCAACUCCUCCACUACGGGACUAGGGGAGGCUAUCUGUCCCAGCUUGGUUAAGCUGGGAUCCCGGCUCCCUGAGUCACCAGACCAGCUUCGUCUGGGCUCUCGGGGCCACGCCACCGGCUUGCCCUGGUCGGCCCUUAGAAGGACAGCGAGCCAGGGGAGCUCCGGGGCCUAUACUAGCAGGUCUUCGUUCUUCACUGGUUAAAGCUGAGUCCCGACUCCCGAGCCUUUCGGCUCAUCACCUUUUAUAGGACUUGCCCCCAAGGGGGGGGCCCGUGGGGGAUACACAUGCGGACGUCGGUGCGAGCGCCACCCUUGUGUACGGCCGUAACCCCGCCCCUUGUGUUUGUUGGCCAUCCGUGGCCAUGCAUAAUCACACCUCAACAUUCGUAGCCAUGCGCAAUUACACCUCUACACCUGUAUGCACGCACGCAUGCUGAGCCUCUUUCGCGCCGUACGUUGCCAGCCGUGCUUAAUCGUUGUUUCUCAAGAUUGUCACCACAUUUGUUUAAUAAUAAUAAUGUUUAAGGGGGCAGUGGUAGCACAGUGGUUAACAUGCUCCGCUCUGAACCCACCCAUUGUUACCAACCCUCGAUGACCCAUUGUGGUGAAGUAUGGUCAACCCCGCCCCUCCCCCCCCGUAACUGGCACAGUGUGGGGAUACCUACAUCCAAGAGUAUAUUGACAAAAAGGGGCUGUAUGUAAAUAUACGGUAUUUAACAAUGUAUAGCCCUUUGUCAAUCCACUGCCGGAUGAAGGCCUGCCUUGCAGGAUUGUUUAACCAUACUUCACCAUCCUAGUCAAUUUAGUUUGGUGAACGGAGCAGGUAGGGAGGGCGGGCCGGGGGUGCGGGUUGUCUGGAGGCCAGGACCGGUUGGCCGCGUCUGGGAAUCUCACUCGCGAUCCGCAGUGUGCCACCGACCAAUGCGCCGCCCGCUCCACACUUUGUCACAAGCGUUCUGCGACGCCGAAACAACAUUUCACGGCCCAAAAAAUAUUUGUUUUUUAAUUACAGAUCUCUCCUGCACUAGUCAGGUUAAAGGGGAAUUUCUAUUUUAUUUUGAAAUUCGGUGAGCGUUCGUCCGAUCACAGAGGGCGGCGAGCAUAUUGCCGCACAGCAACAAAAAAAAAGGAAGUUUAUGGGGCUUUUUAUUUUUCUCUCCUCUCUCUCUCUCUUUCUGUCCUCCCUCCUUUCAUCUGGCAUUGGGAGAGCGAGGCAGGGGACAGCAUGGCCGGCUCUGGAGAUGCAUUCCACCAUUUGUGGGGAACCCGCAUGCCCUCGGCCGCCGGGGAGGUCGUGUCCUUGCCAUGGCACGACGCGGCGUGAGUGGCGCUGUGUGUGUGUGUGCGUGGCCCUGUGUGUGUGUGUGUGGCCCUGUGUGUGUGUGUGCGUGGCCCUGUGUGUGUGUGUGGCCCUGUGUGUGUGUGUGCGUGGCCCUGUGUGUGUGUGUGCGUGGCCCUGUGUGUGUGUGUGUGUGGCCUGUGUGUGUGUGUGGCCUGUGUGUGUGUGGCCCUGUGUGUGUGUGUGCGUGGCCCUGUGUGUGC